UACGAAUCCGUAUUCAGAGUGACUUCCAUUCAUUGACAUCGUAGACUUCAAGUUGAACUUGUUGCUUGAAUGUUGCUGUUGUAGAUUUUUUUUUUUGCAAAACAAGUUUUAAGCAAUGCUCAAACAGAUUCAAACAUUAGUGUUUUUGCUGUUUUUCACUUUAUUUUCACAAGCUCAUACUCAUGCCCUAAACAGUCCCUGCAUCAACCCGGACGGCGAGUCCGGCCAGUGCUUAUUCCUGCGGGAGUGUCAACCCCUGCUAACCAUCUACAAAAAGGAGAACGUUCCGGUCGGGGAAAGUGCCUUUUUCUACGAUAGCCGAUGUCGAGGAAGGCACAACGGCAAACCACUGCUCUGCUGCGUUUCUCCGCGGUCCGACUCGAGUGUCCUGCCGGCGCCAGGCGAGUGCGGGGGUAACAUCCGGAUGAUUAGGCGCAUCAACGGCGGCGACGAGUCCGACCUGGGUGAAUUUCCCUGGAUAGCGCUGCUGUGGUUCCGCAAAGGCGAUGGAGGGGGUGAGUUCUUCAACUGCGGCGGAACGUUGAUCAACAACCGGUACGUCUUGACGGCGGCCCACUGCCUGGAACCGCGGCAAAACUGGACGUUUUCAGGUAUAACCCUCGGCGAUCACAACAUCACCAACGAUGGUCCGGAUUGUGACAGAAAGAGUUGUGCGGAUAUUCCGGUCGAUGUUGGCUUCGAAAAGGUCAUCUUCCAUGAAGACUACAUACCUUCACAGGAGGGUAGGUUCAACGACAUUGCCCUCAUUCGACUGGAUCGCUCCGUCGGCUUCUCGGACUACAUCCGGCCAAUCUGCUUGCCGACCGAGGCUGGGGUUCGUGCCAGCAACAACGUCGGACUCGAAACCAUCGCCGCCGGAUGGGGAGUUACGGAAAAUGACGACUUUAGCGAUGUCCUGCGCAAAGUCUCGCUCACCGUCGUGGACCAGCGCAAGUGUGCCCAGCUGUACCGGAAAAAGUUCCGGCUGCGCAACUCCCAGCUCUGUGCCGGAGGGCAACCCGGCAAGGAUACCUGCGGGGGGGAUUCUGGCGGGCCGUUGAUGCGCCAAGUGGGCAACACGUUCUACCUGUACGGGAUAAUAAGCUUCGGGCCGGAAAAGUGUGCCACCGACGGCAUUGCCGGGGUGUACACGAAUGUGGUCCAGUACGUGGACUGGAUUCGGCGCAAGCUGGAGUAGGGGAUGAAAUUAGGGAGGAAAUGUUUGAAAUUAUUAAAGUGAAUAAUAUAACAAGGAACUAAAGGCAUUAGGUCUACAAAAUAAAGAAGCUUUGUUCUCUACAACUGAGACUCACCUUUAUGUAAGGAUGAGACAUAAACAUGUAAGGAU